AUGGUGAGCAACCUGUUCAAGCGGAUUGAUGAAAGAGGCCUCGGGCAUCUCACCAUUACCGAGUUCGAGAAGCACUUUGAUGAUGAGUCAGUGCAAGCACUGUUCGAGUAUCUCCAAAUCGGUGCCAUCGAUGCUUGGACACUGUUCCUGAGCUUGGACAAGGACGGUGAUCACACAAUCAGUGUGGACGAGUUUACGGAGCGCUGUAUGCAGCUGCAUGGCCCCGCGAGAUCUGCAGACAUUUUUACUUUGCGCCAGAGCUGUGCAAAGCUUGCGAAAGACUUGAGGAGAAUGGAUGAGACACAGGAGAGAAUGGAAAUGGGGUUGGCACUGAUCCUUCACCAACAAGCAGCUCGCGAUCCCCCGUUCAGCUUGGGCUUGAAGUCUGCUGUAGAGUGCCCACUGUCGGGAGGCGAUCCAGAGCUUUGGGCACUGAUGGGCGUUGCUGCCUUGAAGUGCGAGUUCAGAGAGCACCAAAUGGUGUCAGGUGUCGAAGGCCGUCCUGUCGCGGGCUUGAGCUAUUGUCCGAAAUGCAUGGGGUCUGGGUCUGCACCAUCUUGCAGCUUUGCCCUCCUAGGAAACUAUUUCCCAGCAGCAUGCAUCGGUUGCCCAGCCAUGCGGCAAACGUGGCAAGCCAUGUCCGUGGGAUGCAUCGCCAAGAUUCACACCACAGCGUCUUGGCAAGGCUCUUCGGUUCGGGUUGCAGAGACCAGCGGUGAACCUGCAAAGAGGCAGUGGAAAGUGCUCGCCCUUCUCCAAGCUGCCGGCUAUUUCGGUAAUUUUGACAGAACGAUCUUCGGCAUAGCAGUGCCGCAGAUUCAAAGAGACUUUGCCUUGUCGGAUGCGCAAAUCAGCUAUGCAGCAUCUGUGCUGGGGCUCUCGUCGAUCUUGGCUUCUGCCAUCUCCUGCUUGUCGGAUCGCUAUGGCAGAGCCCAAGUUCUUAUGUGGACGCUGGCACCUUACACGUUGGCUACUGCCUUGACAGCGCUGUCAAGGAGCAUCACAUCUUUCGUCCUCCUACAGCUGCUUGCGGCAGCUUUCAUAACUGCGGAGGGCAUCAUAUCCCACGUAAUCGUACUGGAGGAGAUGCCAGCAGAUUGCAGGGGAUGGGCCGUCGGCUUGCUAAACACUGGCUCGGCCUGCGGCACAGGCCUCGGCCUGCUUCUCUUCGGGGUGUCUGACGGAGCCUGGCGGCUCAUGUAUGCGCUGUCCAUUCUCCCAUUGGUCGGCAUUGGCUUCAUACGCCGACAUCUUCCUGAAACAAGGCGGUGGUCCGCAGCGAACACCCUGGAGAUGGACAAGGAGAGUGCACAGGAAGAGCUGGAGGUGCAAAGCCUGCGCCUGCCUCCGCUGACUCCGCUGCGCCUCGGCUCCCCCACCGAGGAGCCGACCGCUGCAGCGAAAAGGUGCCAUUUGAAAAGACUGUCGAAGGUAAAGCGCCAGCACUUGUUCUGCAUUCUCGCUUCUUUCCUCGGUUCUUUCUUUCCGAGCGCUGCCAAUUUCUACGCCUCCAAACAGAUCCAAGUGGUGCACGGGUUUGGGGCGGCAGGCUUCGCGAAACUGUCUUUGAUUGGUGGCAUCCUGGCGCUCUCCGCUUUCAUCAUUGCUGGAUACCUGGGAGAUCGUUACGGCAGGAAGUUGCUGGGUGUUUCUGGAAUCCUUCUCAAAGCCAUGACAGAUUUCAUGUUCUACAGCAUCAGCCCGGGCAAAGCCUAUUCAGUGCUUCUCAUCGUCAGUGUCUUCUGUGUGCGCACAGCUCUGGGCAUGGCGCUGGACACUACCUUCCAGGCGAUGGGAGGGGAAGUGUUCCCAACCUCAGGGAGAACCUCCGCUCAGGGCCUCCUGGUUCUCACCGGCGGCCUCGGUGGUCCACUGGGGCUCCUGACAGCCACGCGACUCGGGGAUGUCCUCGGGACAUCCGAAGCCACGAGGCUCAUGGCAUGUGGGCAGAUUUUCACAGCUCUGAUCAUAGCGUUUGGAUUUCCAGAGACUCACGGCCGGGAGCUCGAAGAUAUCAACAGUUGA